AUGUUCAAACAGAUCAUCUUCGCUGCCCUCAUCGCUGUGGUGGUUGGCAAGCCUGGCAUCCACUCCGUAGCUUACCCUGCGGCACCAGUAGUUGCUGCGGCCUACACUGCCCCGGUAGCGGCAGCAUACACUGCACCAGUAGUAGCAGCAUACACUGCACCAGUAGCUGCUGCGUACUCUGCACCCGUAGCAGCAGCUUACACUGCAGCGUACACUGCGCCCGUAGCUGCAGCUUACGCCGCCCCCGUCGCCUACAGCUCACCACUUGUAGCUGCCGCUUACAAAGCGCCUAUUGCCUUUGUAAAA